AUGGCUCUUCCAGUCUGGACUCUGCUGCUGCUGCUGCUGGGGGCUGCCUGGGGCCAGGAGAAGCCUCUGGAUUGGAAGCCCGUCUCUCGCAGCUCGAGGGAAAACUCCAUUCUCACCCAGUGUGAUUUUGAGGAUGACUCCAGACCCCUCUGUGAUUGGAGCCAAGUGUCCAAAGAUGAUGGGGCCUGGACUCGGGCCAGUGAGCCCUCCCCCACCAGCAGCACCGGGCCCCCCGGCAGGUACCCCAAUGGAGAGGGCUACUUCCUGCACAUGGACUCCAACACCUUCCGCCCGGGUGGGGUGGCCCGCCUGCGCAGCCCCCCCGUAUGGGAGCAAGGCCCCCUCUGCGUGCGCUUCGCCUACUACAUGUUCGGGCUGUCGUGGGGCGCCCAGCUCAAGCUGCUGCUGACCACGGGCCCCAAGGGCAAGCGCCCCAACGUGCUCUGGAAACACAUGAACACGCAGAGCCCCUCCUGGAUACCCACCGCCGUCACGGUGCCCAUGGGGCUCAUCCUGCCCAGUCGGCUGACAUUCGAAGGAGUCAGGGGCAGCACAGCUUAUCUGGACAUCGCUCUGGAUGCCAUCUCUAUCCAUCGGGGCUCCUGCAAUCAGGUCUGCACGAUGCAAACGUGCAGUUUUGACACUCCAAAUGAUCUCUGCGGCUGGAGCUGGAUCCAGACGGCCUCUGGGGCCAAGUGGGUCCAGAAGAAGGGGUCAACAGGGGUGCUGAACGUGGGGCCUGAGGAUGACUUCUCUAGCCCUGGUAGUGGCUUCUACAUGCUCCUGGACCCCACGAAUGCAAAACCAAGGCAGAGAUCUGCCCUGCUGAGCCCUCUGAUCCAGUCCUCCGGCUGCCUGAGCCUGUCCUUUCACUACACCCUACAUGGCCAGUCUCCUGGUGCAGCCCUCAUGGUCUAUGCUUCUGUCUUGGGCAGAAUCCGGAAACACACACUCUUCUCAGGACAACCCGGACCCAACUGGCAGCCUGUUUCUGUCAAUUACACAGGCCAGGGACAGAUUCAGUUCACCGUGGUGGGCGUGUUUGGAAAGAUCCCAGAGCCAGUGGUGGCGGUGGAUGCAAUCAGCAUUGCUCCCUGCGAGGAGAGCUUUCCUCAGUGUGACUUUGAAGAUGAGGCCCAUCCCUUCUGUGACUGGGUCCAGACAUUACAGGAUGGCGGACACUGGACCCAGGGAAGUAAAAAUAUGCUCAUCCAGGGUACAGGCCCCUUGGGAGUCUCCCUUAAUGGAGAGGGUCACUUUGUCUACCUUGAGGCUGACAAGUUCUCCCAGGCAGGCCAGUCUUCCAGACUGGCGAGCCGGACCUUCUGUGCCAGGGGUGCAAUCUGUGUGGAGUUUACCUACCACAUGUAUGGCCUUGGAAACGGCACGAAGCUCAGGCUUCUGUUGGGGAGCCCUGCAGACAGUUCCCCAACUUCUCUCUGGGAACGAGUUGGGUCUCAAAGCGCUGACUGGCUGAACGACUCCAUCACCGUCCCUUCGGGACGUCAACAGCCCAUGCAGCUGAUGUUUGAGGCCAAGAGGGGCACCAGCACCGCCUUCGUUGUUGCUCUGGGUUUCAUCUUGAUCAGUCACGGGACCUGUCAAGGUAAGACAAAACCCCAGGUCCCGGAAAGGGGGCCGUUGCCUCCUUCCAAACCUCCUGUUACCCGCACUGGCCCUCCUGAAACCCCUGUCCGCACAGAGAAACCUGUGGCCCCUGAGGAAACACCCACCGUCCCCACUGAAAUAUCCACCAUCCCCACAGAGAAGCCUGUGGCCCGCACAGAAAAACCGACUGUCCCUAGUGAAAUAUCCACGGUCCCCACCGAAAGGACCACCAUCCCCACAGAAAAACCCAUGGUCCCCACCAAAAAGACCACCAUCCCCACAGAAAAACCCACGGUCCCCACUGAAAGGACCACCAUCCCCGCGGAAAAACCCACGGUCCCCACUGAAAGGACCACCAUCCCCACUGAAAGGACCACCAUCCCCAUGGAAAAACCCACGGUCCCCACUGAAAGGCCCACAGUUCCCACGACACCCCAGCCCAGCCCAACUCUUGUACCCACCUGGCCAGCAGCUUUCGUGAUGCCAAGUACCUCCAUGACCGCUGUGACCCAGGCCACCACUGCAACCCCGAGACCUACUCCAGUGAGCUGCCCGCCGAACGCCCACUAUGAGCACUGCGCCUGCCCAGCAUCCUGCCAGAGCCCCACGCCUAACUGUGGGCUCCUUUGCAAGCCUGGCUGUGUCUGCGAUCCUGGCUUUCUGUUCAGCGACUCCCGCUGCAUCAAUGCCUCUUCCUGAAAUUGCUUCUACAACGACAAUUACUAUAAGCCAGGGACAGCGUGGUUCAGCCCCAGCUGCACAGAACGUUGCCGCUGCCAGCCUGGCAGUCAGACGGAGUGCCAGCCCUAUCAGUGCGGGACACGUACAGCGUGCCAGCUGAAGAAUGGCCAGUACGGAUGCCACCCCUAUGGCACUGCCACCUGCUUCAUCUAUGGAGACCCUCAUUACUUCACCUUCGACGGGAGGCACUUUAACUUCAUGGGCAAGUGCACCUACAUCCUAGCCCAACCCUGUGGCAACUCGACAGAGCCAUUCUUCAGGCUGAUGGUGAAGAACAAGGAGCGAGGACAGGAGGGCGUGUCCUGCCUGAGCAAGGUCUACGUGACUCUGCCCGAAACCACCAUCACCCUGCUCAAGGGCAGACACACGCUGGUUGGGGGUCAGCGAGUCACCCUCCCAGCCAUACCUUCUAAAGGCAUCUUCCUGACUCCAAGUGGGCGAUUUGUGCAGCUGCAGACGGCAUUCGGUCUGCGGGUGAGAUGGGAUGGUGACCAGCAGCUGUCUGUGAGCGUGCCCAGCACCUACUCCAGCAAACUCUGCGGUUUCUGUGGCAACUACGAUGGCGACAGUAGCAACGACAACCGGAAGCCGGAUGGCAGACCAGCGCGAGAUGAGACGGAGCUGGGUAGCAGCUGGCAGGCCUCGGAGGAUGGGGACCAGGAGUGCCAGGAGAAGCAGGCAUCUCCCCCACCUUGCGACACUGCCUUGCAGAACACUGUGUCGGGGCCAGAGUUCUGUGGACGGCUCACGGUCGCUCACGGAGCUUUUGAGGCCUGCCUGCCUCACCUCAGGGCCUCUUCCUUCUUCGACAACUGCAUGUUUGACAUGUGUAAUUUCCAGGGGCUGCAGCAGAUGCUGUGUGCCCACAUGUCGGCCUUGACUGAGACCUGCCAGGAUGCCGGCUACGUGGUGAAGCCCUGGAGAGGACCCCAGUUCUGCCCGCUGGCCUGUCCCCCCAACAGCCGGUACACCCUGUGUGCCAAGCUGUGCCCCGACACCUGCCAUUCCGAGUUCUCAGGCCUGGCCUGCCGGAACCGCUGCGUGGAGGGCUGCGAGUGCGACCUGGGCUUCGUCCUCAGCGGUCUCCAGUGCGUCCCCAGGUCCGAAUGUGGUGGCUGCCUUGACCCCACGGGCGGCUACUUCAAGGUAGGGGAGCGGUGGUUCAAGCCAGGCUGCAGACAGCUCUGCAUCUGUGAGGGCAGCAACAGAACUCGCUGUGUGCAGUGGAGGUGCCAGGCCCAGGAGGUGUGUGGUCGGCAGGAUGGCAUCUACGGCUGCCACGCCCAAGGGUCCGCCACCUGCACUGUCUCGGGGGACCCCCAUUACCUGACAUUCGACGGAGCCCUGCACCACUUCAUGGGCACCUGCACCUACACCCUGACCCGGCCUUGUUGGUUGAGGUCCCCAGAGAAUUACUUUGUCGUGAGCGCCACCAACGAGUUCCGCGGCGGAAACUUGGAGGCCUCCUAUGUCAAAGCCGUCCAAGUGCAGGUCUUCAACCUCAGAAUCUCCAUGAUCAAAGGCCGCAAGGUCGUGCUGGACGGUCGCCGGGUGGCCCUGCCCGUGUGGCCUGCACAAGGCCGGGUGAACGUGAGGUCCAGUGGCUCCUUUAUCCUCCUCUACACGGACUUUGGGCUUCAAGUUCGCUAUGACGGGAACCACCUGGUGGAAGUGACCGUGCCCUCCUCCUACGCUGGCCGGCUCUGCGGGAUGUGCGGGAACUUCAACAACAACAGCCUAGACGACAAUCUGCAGCCUGAUAAAAGGCCUGCAGUCAGCUCCGUGCACCUGGGGGCCUCCUGGAAGCUAAAUGAGUUAUCUGAACCUGGCUGCUUUGCUGCAGGUGGCAAGCCCCCCAGGUGCCUGGGGAAGAAAGUGACAGAUGCCUGGAAUAAGAACUGUGAUAUCUUAAUGAACCCUCAGGGACCCUUCUCCCAGUGCCACGGGGUGGUGGCCCCGCACACCAGCUUCACCAGUUGCGUGUACGGCCAGUGUGGGACCGAGGGCGACGCCUUGACCCUGUGCCGCUCCCUGCAGGCCUACGCGUCCCUGUGCCCCGCGCAGGCCGGGCCUGCCCUCGCCUGGCGGAACACCACCUCCUGCCCUCUGAACUGCCCAUUGGGCAGCAGCUACAGCACCUGUGCCAACCCCUGCCCGACCACCUGCCUCAGCCUGAGCACUCCAUCAUACUGCCCGUCCUCGCUGCCCUGUGCCGAGGGCUGCGAGUGCCAGAAAGGCCACAUCCUGAGUGGGACCUCCUGUGUGCCCCUCAGCCAGUGUGGCUGCACCAGCCAGAGGGGCUCCUACCACCCGGUCGGGGAGAGCUGGUACACGGACAACACCUGCUCCAGGCUCUGUACCUGCUCGGCUCACAACAACAUCUCCUGCCUCCAAACUGCCUGCAAGCCUGGCCAGAUGUGCUGGUCCCAGGAUGGGCUGAUACGGUGCCGGGCGGCAGGGAUGGGAGAGUGCCGCAUCCGCGACACGUCCCACUACGUAAGCUUCGAUGGCAGUUACCAUGCGGUCAGGGGCACCUGCACUUACGUCUUGGUGAAAAUAUGCCACUCCACCAUGGACCAGCCUUUCUUCAAGAUCAGUGGCAAGAAUGGGAAGCGGAAAGACCAACCCCACACUUUCUACCUCCGCCAGGUCCAUGUGGACAUCUUUAAUACCCUGGUCACCCUGAAGAAGGACCAAGUGCUGAUCAAUGGCACACGGGUCACCCUCCCGGCGACCACCCAGAUCCGGGGAGUCAAAGUCAUUUCCAGGGACGGCUACACCGUGCUCACCAUCAACAUUGGGGUGCAAGUCAAGUUUGACGGCAGUGGUUUCCUAGAGGUCGAAAUCCCCAAAGCCUAUUAUGAAAAGACCUGCGGCAUGUGCGGGAACUUCAACGGCGAGGAAGAAGAUGAACUAUUGAUGCCUAAUGACGAACUAGCCCUGGAUGACGUCAUGUAUGUGGAUAGUUGGCAAGACAAAGAGAUCGACCCAAAUUGCCAAGAAGAUGACAAGAAGACUGAAGCAGAACCUCAGGAGAAGCCAGAUACAAACUGCCGGGCAGCUGACCUGGCAAGAGCCCAGGAGCAAUGCCAGGCGGCUUUUCAGGCUCCAGCCUGGGCGAAGUGUGCCACCCACGUGAUUCUCAGUCCCUUCUUGCUCAGAUGUACCCACAGCCUCUGUGAGUUUGGAGACCUCAACCAUGCCCUCUGCCAGUCUCUGCAAGCCUUCGGGGCCGCCUGCCAGGCCCAGGGGAUCAAGCCUCCGAUCUGGAGAAACAGCAGCUUCUGCCCUCUGGACUGCUCCGCCUACAGCGUCUACACCACCUGCGUUCCCUCCUGCCCUCCUUCCUGCUGGGACCCGGAAGGCCAGUGCAAAGGCUCCAGAGUUCCCUCCACCUGCGAGGAGGGCUGUGUCUGUGAGCCCGGCUACGUGCUCAGUGGACGGCAGUGUGUGCCCAGGAGUCAGUGCAGCUGCAGGGACGCCCAGGGCAACUCCCUCCCUGCGGGUAAGUCCUGGUUCUCCAGAGGCUGCUCCAAGAGGUGUGCCUGCAGAGCGGGCGCCGUUCAGUGCUGGCCCUUCACCUGCCCCUCGGGCUCCCGGUGCCAGCCCAACGAGGACGGCAAAGACUACUGCGCACCCGAGAAGUCGGAGCAAUGCACAAUUUAUGGGGACCCCCGUUACCACACAUUUGAUGGCCUCAGCUACCGCUUCCAGGGCCGCAUGACCUACUUUCUGAUCAAGACCUUGGACAUGCUCCCUGAUGGGGUGGAGCCCUUGGUCGUGGAGGGCCGCAACAAGGUGUAUCCGUCCUUCAACCCCAUCUUCCUGCACGAAAUCAUCGUGAUGGUCUACGGCUACACAGUCCAGCUCCAGACGGAACUGGGACUUGUAGUCAACGGUCAGAAGAUGGCCAUCCCCUACGAGCCCAACGACCAGCUGCGGGUCACCAUGCGAGGCCAUCGCCUGUAUCUGAUCACAGACUUUGAGCUGGUUAUCAGCUUCAAUGGAAAGAACAAUGCAGUGAUCUCCCUGCCCAUCACGUACCGGAGGCUUGUGCGCGGCCUGUGCGGCAACUACGACCAGAACAAGAGGAAUGAUUUUAUGCUGCCCAACGGUGCCCUCACCCAGAACCUCCUUGUCUUUGGCAACAGUUGGGAGGUGAAGAAGACCAAGGGAGGCCUCCCCCGCUUCUCAAGGUGAGAGGGCUGGGGCUCUGAGCAGGGAGAGGUGUCAGGCUUUCACGUGUCAGAAUGCAGCCCAGAGCAGCUGGAGCUCAUCGACCACACACAGGCGUGUAGGGUGCUGGUGGACCCCCACGGCCCCUUUGCUGCCUGUCACCAGCUUGUGGCCCCGGAACCCUUCCUGGAGCACUGUGUGUCUGAUCUGUGUGCCGCCCGGGACCCCAUAGAGCAGGAGGAGCUGCGUUGCCAGGUCCUCAGCGGCCUUGCCGUGUCCAGCCAAUACCGUCUAUCAGAGCUGUAUGACACCCUGCCCAGCCUCCUGUGCCACCCUGGCAGCUCCCAGGGACUGCAGGGGCCCCUGUGUGGAGGGCUGUGCCAGCCUCCCAGGCUAUAUCUACAGUGGUGCCCAGAGCCUCCCCUGGCCCACUGCGGCGGCGCCAACAGCGGCAUCUACUACCAGCAGGGUGACAGCUUCGUGACCGAGGAUUGCUCCCAGCGCUGCACCUGUGCCAGCUCGGGGGUCCUGCUGUGUGAGCCCCUCCGCUGCAGCCCUGGGGAGAUCUGCACCCUGGGGAAGCGCACUCGUGGCUGCUUCCGAGACAGCCCGUGCCUACAGAACCCCUGUCAGAAUGAUGGCCGGUGCCAGGAGCAGGGAACCCACUUCCCCUGUGAGUGUGAGCUUGGGUACGGGGGCCACCUCUGCACGGAGCCUCGGGAUGUACCACCCACCGGAACGCCAGAAGCCUCCAACUUUGUGGUCACCCUGUUGGGAUGGCUGGUGCCUGUGCUGGUCAUAGUGUCAGCAGUGACCAGAGAAUGCAUUUCCAGGAAGAGGAGGAGAUUUGGCUCCAGAGCAUGCCUUCAAAGUCGCUCAGUUCUGAGUUGUCCACAGAAGAAGGAGACAUAAAAUUAUUUAUUUUUGA